GUUUUGGAGGACGUCUCCCAACGAGAUGAAGGGCUGACGAGUUAUGUGAUUGACUGACUGACGAAUGUCAAACUGAACUCGUUCUGGUAUUUACUUUGAGUUACGUUUUUUUGUACGGAUGUGAUGGAUCUUUUCGUUUCAAUGCAACUGACAGUUGCAUGAUGGCUUCUGUUGUACGUGAGUCGUUGCGAUCGUUCGUACGGAGUGCGAAGGCGUUCGAUUGGGUGAAACGUGUAUCGAACACAGCUACGAUAAAGGCCUUGCUUCCGACUGCGACUGUAUCGAGUAGUGAAGAUGGUGCUGGUGGUCGACCUAGCGGGGGCGUUGUACAAAAUGGUACUACAGCCGCAACCAAUGGAGGCACGACUGGCCUACCUAAUGGCAGGAGCACAGCCAAUGGUACGGUGUCCAAUGCGGGAGUUCACACUGUUGGACCAGGAAAACUGAGUUAUGCCAUUGAAGGCAUUUCUGGGCUGAGCAUUCACCAGGUGUGUGAGCAGCCUCUUGGGCGAGCAGGCUCUUCACCUUCAAAAGGAAAGACUAAACCUCUUGCUUCAGCUCCUUCCUCUGCUAGUAAUAGUAUCCUGCCUGUGGUAUCAGCUGAUGCUAGACGAAACUUGUGGGCUUUUCAGGCUCAGCAGGAACCGCAAGUGGAAAGCAGCGGCAAUCUUAAGGCGUGCACAAGUCCAUCUCGUCUCAUAACAUCCAUAGCUGCGUGUCCCGAGGGAAAGACCCCGAUUUUUCUUCUAACAAUCACGCAGCAGAUACGAUGUUGAGCAAAGUAGACGAAGGCUGCUCUGGCAAAGAUGGGGAUGAACCUCCAAACAAGAAGAUCCAAACUCGCGUCGCAUUGCUAGUAGACGGCGAUCACGCAAUGCCUUCCGAGAUGGAACACGUGAUAGAACACUUUCAUUUAUGGGCUGCGGAUGCUACUCACACUCGUCUUGAUUCAAGAAUCCUGAUCGAUCUUGAAAGAGGUUCAAUUUUGUUGAUGAGAGCUGAAGAAAUCGAGGAGGCACCUCUUUCCAGGAUGCUCUUAAAAACUCUACAGAUUUCCAAAAGCUCUAACUCAUACCGUUAUCGGUGCGACAGUGCCAGUCCGCAGGGCCUACUUUGCGAGACAGGACGUGGCGGAAGGAAAGAAAUGGAAUCAAUAUGGCGACAAACACAAUUUUCACCGACUCGUUGUGAAGGCGUACUUUUUUAUUUCCAUCGACUAGUUGUGAAGGCGCACUUUCUUGAAGUCUACUGGUAGGCCUUCAACAACCGUUGAUUGUUAUGUAGUAAGUUAACAGUGGCGAAGAAAAGGAGAAUUUGUGAUGUGAAGGCAAGAAAUCAAUUUUUUUAGGUUCUGCCAGUACUAUACAACAAGAGAAUCAAUUUUAUUUCUGAAGCCACUUUGUCUCUGUAUCUGUGAAGUGUCGGUAAGAGUACUAUUUGUAUCACGCCACAACAGGUUCGGACAAAGUCGCGCAGAACUGGUCGACAAGAAAUUAGCAAUCGACGCAAUACGGCUUUCCCUAGUUGACCGCUACAACAUCGCAAUUGUGUCAAGGGAUAAAGGUUAAGGCAUCAACUGGUAGUAUUGUGAAGUUGACGAACAUCUACUCUUUCAAGAAGUAAUUGUCUGAAAGAAAAUGAAAAUUCGUGAGUACUAGUAGAGGAAGCAUCAACAGAUUUUUAGCUGCUGGCAUCUUCAAGUGACCUAGUUGUCUGGAAUGCGUACAAUGAUGCAAGAUAAAAUGAACAAAUGGCGCAGUUAGCUGUCCCUUCGUCUCUCUUUGCUACGACAACCUGUAGCUUCAAUCCUUUUCCUAAGCAUCAUUUGCAGAGGUGUUUGCCGAAUUGGAACGAAAUGGAGCGCCACAGUAUUUCGCUGUGUCGCGUGAGCAACCGAGUAUCAAAAACCUCUUCGAGGGCUACGGAGCUACAUUUGUCGACGACCGACCGUUCUCAGGGGGAACUGAAAAGGAGAAGGGAGCUACAGGUGACAGUCCGUUGGAGAAGGGUAAAGGAAGUCGUAAUGUUGGAGACAAGCCAAUCAUCUUGCCUUUGGCUAGUACCUCUACUUAUCCGAGUUCUUGUACUAGACCUGUUUUUACAAGAACUGGACAGGAGAGCAGCAGUCCUCGUAGCAGUUGUACUGGUAGUAGUUCUUGGUCAAGUGGUGGAGUAAAAAAUUGGAGCAAGGACGAGUCUAUAGUGCAUGGGAGACGAGGUGUCACAAAACAUCGAUCAUCUUCGUUGCCGACUGCGUGGAAGACGCCUUUUGGAAAAACAACACAAUCGACACUGUCACGUCCGUCUACAACAAAUUAUACUUCAAGAGGAAAUUAUGGUAGCGGCUGGUGUGCUAGCACAAGCAAUAGGGGAGGAAAAAGUGCAAACAAGGUUUCUUCAUCUUCGACAGCGCAAAAUGAAAAAGAUCCCAAGGCGGACGUGUUGUUUCCUACUUCACACCCUGCUUACAGCUACAUGCAUCCAUUCCACUCCUUUGCAAUGGGGCGGGUGCCACGACCCGCAGCCGGACAUGACUACAAUAUCUCUCCACCGCUUGUUCCACCUCAAUAUUAUCAUCCGCCCAACAACAAUGGGAUGUUGCCUCCAACGCUUUCUCCAAUGCUUGCCUAUCCAGUUCCACCUUCCCAUAGUAGCUGCUAUUACCCACCACUUGAAGAUGGUUCACAAGUCAUUGCUGCUUCAAAUUCCUCGCAUCUACAGUGGCUGAUGCGGAGGUAUGCACAGGCUGCGGGUUGGAUCACUAGAAACGAAAACACAGCUGCUACUUCAGCAAAAAACGAGGACUCGUCUUCAGUAGCUACUUAUAGUACUAGUACCAGGACAAGGCGGAGAAGAGCAGCCAAGACGAAGGAGUGCAGAAGUAUGAAACAGCGACAAGGAAAGAGAAACUCAUCAAAAUCUUCUUCUCGCAGAAAUGGAGCCGGACUAGGUUUUCGGGUUGCCCAGCGAAUGCCGAAAUCGCGUAGGCACGUCCUAUCGAGUAUGAAUGCGGGCCGUCGACGCAGUGAAGUUGUCUGUUCUAGCUACGAAUCCGCUUUAUAUAUGGCAGCAACUAGAAGUACACGACAAGGGCGAUAUAGAAAAUCGGCUCGGCCUAAACGGGAAGAGACGUUGAGAUGAAAUGUAGCGUCCAGCAAUGUGGUGAGAGCUAUCUCAGAAGAAAUAGUCGCCACCGAGAAGGUCUGAAAUUGUGAUCCUCAUGAUUUUUCGGCAUAUAUGUGAAGUGCUUGAAUGCGUACAAUGAUGCAAGAUAAAAUGAACAAAUGGGGCAGUUAGCUGUCCCUUCUACCAAGAAUUUUACCCAGUCACGUAGAUAUGAAAAAUUUACAUAAAGAAACCUUACCAUAUCUAUGAACAGAAGCAUUUGCAUGCACAGGCUUGUUUCGAUGUAAUUUCAUGCUUGAUAAAACACGCGGUCUAGGUGACAAAUUUGUAAGGAGAUAAUCACAAUUGCGAAGAUGGCUUAUAAAAGUUUCUUUUUGAAUACCUCAAGACCCCUUGAUGAAGGAAUUGCUAAGCAGCGGUAGAUGUCCUUAACCACUGAUAUCAGUACGUAUCUUGUUCAUCAUCUGUGCACGACAC